GUUUCCAGCUCCAUCAGGUUAAUUGUUCACUGUGGGUAGCUCAAUUUAUCCAACAUCCGAUGGGAGCCCCACCACCUGAGAAAGAGUGGAGCAGCGAUCUCUUUGACUGCUUUGAGGACCACGCUACAUGUUGCUACGGCUUCUGGUGUGGCCCUUGUCUGGCCUGCACUGUUACAGGACGGUUUGGUGAAAACCGUUUACUCCCAGUAUGUGACAUACUGAGCAUGUGCACAUCAGUAAUGUGUGGAAUUCCUGUCUAUGUGCCUCCAGCAGUCCUGUCUGUUAGGGUUGCCAUGCGAAACAGAUACCACAUCAAGGGUUCUCUCUGUGGAGACAUGUGUGUGUCCUGUUUGUGUCAGUGGUGCUCCUGGUGUCAGAUGCAUCGUGAGUUAAAACAUCGCAAUAAAACUCCUAAUGUCAUCGUUGUGCAAAGUCAACCCAUUAUACAAAUGCAGCCUGCUCCAAUGAUGAUGGUUGCUCAAGCUGGAUAUGUGACCCAACCAGGAGUCACCGUGAUAUCAAACUGAGCUCUGUGGACUCUCAUGUGUCCGUCUGCCUUGUGAAGGAAGUUCAGCUCAGGCUGCUGUCUGUUUUAUUAACAUCUAUAUAUCUAAGUGCAUGUUUAUCAAGUGUAAUUACA